UGUAUUCAGUGAUUCAGCUGGUAGAUGUAUUCAGUGAUUCAGCUGGUAGAUGUAUUCAGUGAUUCAGCUGGUAGAUGGAUUCAGUGAUUUAGCUUGUCGAGGGAUUCAGUGAUUCAGCUUGUCGAGGGAUUCAGUGAUUCAGCUUGUCGAGGGAUUCAGUGAUUCAGCUGGUUGAGGGAUUCAGUGAUUCAGCUGGUGUGUCUGUAUGGAUGCGGUGAACUACAGCGUUGCCUAGCAGGAUCCUCGGAGUCAGACGUCGCGGGAGGGUUGCUAAUCCCUUGGAAUAACCUUCCAGACAUCAAGAAGAGAAAACAGGAAAGGGGAAUCGGUCUCACUCGGUCCCCUCAUCGUGACUACAACCCCUUUUCUAAGGUGGAGUUUUGAUCAACCUUUCGUAUUGACUGAAGAGGAAGAGACAGGAGAUAUGGAUUCCUACACAUCUAAUUCAUCUGAUGGUUUCAGUGUGGUAAUUAACUUGUUUUUUGUUGCCUCGUGCGUUUAUUUUCUGUCCUCUCUUUCAUCAUCCCCAUCUUUAAUUUACUAACAUAUUCUGUAAGUGUGACUAGGGCUGUACAAGUUAGCCAUGAAUCCUUAUAUUAAAGGCUAGGUAAGAGAUGUGUUCACACUGGUCAGAUUUGAAGAUUCAGCACAUACAUAAAGGAAUAGGCCCGAAAUGUCUCGACAAACGAUGGCUGUUUUUUGUUGUUGUGGUAUACACAAAAAAAAAUACAGAGAAAACACAUUGAAACUCUGACAGUUCCUGAAGAAACACUCGAUCACUAACAGCCCUUCAGGCUUGAGCCUUUAAGACACAAUGAAAGGAGACGGAGGGACAGUGGAGCGCCACCAUUUGACCUCUGACACAUCAGGGAUACCUGACUGUCAACACAACAUUUCAUUUAUGUGACGUUCUACAUGUUCCAUUUGCGUUGUUUACAUCCACACAGGUGCAGAAUAUAUAUAUAUAUAUACACUAUUAAAACGUCCAUAAGAGGAACAGAAGAAUGAGAUAGAAGUUGUAAGGCCUUUAUCUGGGUAUCUGAUAGUAACGUAAUAAAGACCAGAAUACAUCAUAGGGCUGUUCUCUUCCUCGUAACCACAGAUAGACAGAUAGACAGGCAGCCAGACAGACAGACAGACAGGCAGACAGACAGGCAGACAGACAGACAGACAGACAGACAGACAGACAGACAGACAGACAGGCAGACAGACAGACAGACAGACAGACAGACAGACAGGCAGACAGAGAGAGACAGGCAGGCAGACAGGCAGGCAGACAGACAGACAGACAGACAGACAGACAGACAGACAGACAGACAGAGAGAGACAGACAGACAGGCAGGCAGACAGGCAGGCAGACAGACAGACAGACAGACAGACAGACAGACAGACAGACAGACAGACAGACAGACAGAGCGUUAACAGUGGGUAGUGGUAGUGAGUGGGAGUGAGAUAAUAAUGACUCUCCCCAGGGGAGAUACAGUGGGUUGGGUAAUGUUCACACAGUGCUAUUCCCUCUCUGGGGAGAAGCCUUCUGCUUUCAGCUUUGAUGAUGGAGGCUCGUCGUUGAGGAAAUUCACCAGGAGGAGCAGAUAUCUCUCUGGAAGUGAAUGCAAAGCAGUCUCUCCUUAAUUAUCUAUACAUAUAUAUAUAUAUAUAUGGGUACACUAUAGUUUCUUCUGCGCUUUGUUUUACUUCCCAGAGCCAGAGAAAUACAUGAAAAUGUUAUUGUUAUAAAUUGAAAAAUAUUCCCUGAGGAGAACAGUGAGAUUUAAUGUAUUUUGCUUGUGUGAUCUGUUACAGUAGAAUAUUUGAUAAAAUAAAAUACAAGCAUUUCAUUCCUCUGUUCUCCCAUCUCAAUCCGUACAUUUUAUUUAACAACAUUUUACACCAAAAUAAAAUCUGUUCUCAUGCCUGAGCUCAAAUACACAUGAACACGUGUGGAAGUUGGCAAGUUCUUGUUUUUGCCUUGAAAAUCCCAGAGGCUGAAUGAAAAGCUCAGAAGCUGAACGAAAAGCUCAGAAGCUGAACGAAAAGCUCAGAAGCUGAACGAAAAGCUCAGAAGCUGAACUGAAAUUGAAGAAGCUGAACGAAAAGCUGAGAGAAACUUUGGUACUUUGCUAAACAUGUCUCCCUUCGAGGAGGGAUUCUUUUGAAAUAUCCACUAAUGAAUGGGUGAUGGAUAUGAUUGUCUCACCAUUUCCCAUCUCUGAAAGAGAUCCUCAUCACUGAAAUGUCAUUGAACUAAAGAGGACACAGUGUCUGAGGCUCGAGGACAGUUGAGUCAGCUCUGUGCACCACAGUGGAUCCUCAUCAUUGGCACAUAAAAUAAACUAACCUACGGAGUCUGUACACAACACGGUGAUUGAGACCCGAAAACAUCAGAGCUAGGAGGACAAGAUUCAGGACCGGAGUCGGGACCAAAGUCAGGACCAGAUCCAGGAACAGAUCCAGGACCAGAUCCAGAACCGGAGUCAGGACCAGAUCCAGGGCUAGAGUCAGAACCAGAGUCAGAACUGGAUCCAGGACUAGAGUCAGAUCCAGACUCAGGACUAGAGUCAGAACCAGAUCCAGGACUAGAGUCAGAACCAGAUCCAGGACUAGAGUCAGAACCAGACCCAGGACUAGAGUCAGAACCAGAUCCAGAACUGGAGUCAGGACCAGAUCCAGGAUUAGAGUCAGAACCAGCGUCAGAACCGGAUCCAGGACUAGAGUCAGAACCAGAGUCAGAACCGGAUCCAGGACUAGAGUCAGAACCAGAGUCAGGACCAGAUCCAAACCGGAGUCAGGACCAGAUCCAGAACCGGAGUCAGAACCGGAUCCAGGACUAGAGUCAGAACCAGAUCCAGAACCGGAUCCAGGACUAGAGUCAGAACCAGAUCCAGGACUAGAGUCAGAACCGGAUCCAGAACCGGAUCCAGAACCGGAUCCAGGACUAGAGUCAGAACCAGAUCCAGGACUAGAGUCAGAACCAGAUCCAGGACCAGAGUCAGAACCAGAUCCAGGACUAGAGUCAGAACCAGAUCCAGGACCAGAGUCAGAACCAGAUCCAGGACUAGAGUCAGAACCAGAUCCAGAACCGGAGUCAGAACCGGAUCCAGGACUAGAGUCAGAACCAGAUCCAGGACUAGAGUCAGAACCAGAUCCAGGACUAGAGUCAGAACCAGAUCCAGGACCAGAGUCAGGAUGGGGUGUAACAUGUGUGUGGUGAACCGGCCGGAGCAACAGUACAAAGUUAUGUUCCAGAAGGGCUACGUAAAUGGGACACUGAGACCUAUUGAUGGAAAUUGCAACAAGGUCAAAGGAAGGAGACCAUCUCAGCUGCCCCAGGAUAGAAAUUCUCCAAACUCUAACUCCCAGGGUCCUUUGCUGCUGCAGGUGGUGGGGUGUAGAGGCUACCGGAGUAAUGGUGGCACCUUGGGGCCAGGGGGUACCCUGGGUAAUGUAGGCACCAUGGGGCUGGUGUCCAUCCCAGACUGUGUGGAUAACUGCACUCAGACUGACAUUAGCUUCCAGAAUAUUCUGACCGUGGGGAGGUCAACCCACCACCAACCCCAUGGCGGCUCCUCACCCACGCAACCACCACCCUCUCCUCCACUGCCUCACCUCAUGGACCCUUAUCUACUGAAUGAGUUCUGUACCUACGAUCACGAGUACAACGAUCCCAACGACUACUUUGACAUAGCUCACCACGAAGUGGACAGACAAGAGGAACUGGAGUACGAGGAGGUGGAACUGUAUAAGUCCAGUCAACAUGACAAGCUGGGGUUGACAGUGUGUUACUGUACAGAUGAUGAGGAGGACCUGGGAAUAUAUGUAGGAGAGGUCAAUCCCAACAGUAUAGCAGCAAAGAACGGACGUAUCCGUGAGGGAGACAGAAUUCUGCAGAUAAAUGGUAUUGAUAUCCAGAACAGAGAAGAGGCGGUGGCCAUUUUGACCAGAGAGGACAGCAUCAACUUCUCACUGCUGCUGGCCAGACCCGACAUAGAGAACGAGCACCAGGUGGGCCCAGAGGAGAUGGAUAUGGAGAUACCUCUCAGCAUGAAUGUUGAGGCCCUCCACACCUGCCACCUGCCCAGCCUCUACAGAGAGGGGCCACACACCCCCACCCACAUCCUUAGUCUGACUACUCUCAGUAACAGUCAGGAGCUGGACAGUGGCGUGGGCCGUACAGACGAAAGCACCCACAACGCUGAGUCCUCUGAACAUGACCUGCUGGGAGAGGACCAGGACCAGACCAGUGCCCCAAACACCAACACAACCAACACCCCAGGCAGCAUGAGGAAGUUCAGACCUGGGAAUACACCCUCGUCCCCCUCGCCCCACCUCCAAGAGAUCCACCUCAGUAAUGACUCCCAGCCAAGGGUGGGGCUGUAUGGAGGAAAGGGACUGGGAGGGGGUUUGGGGACAGGUUUGGGGUUGGGGGUGUACGUACCCGACCCACUGAUGAUGAUGAUGAUGAUGCCGGGUCUGACUGAGGAAGAGUGCGAGAGGUACAGGGAGCUACUAGAGAUCCGGUGUCAGUUUGAAAGGAACAGGAAGCUUGCUGAGAGAAGCCAGGGAGGAAGAUCAGGGACUGAGGAGGAGGAGGAAGAGGGUGAGAUGUGUGAGGGUGAAGGGGGGAGUGACCCAAAAGUCGAUGUAAACUGCCACGAGAGCAUGACGCAACACAAGAUGGCGUUGUUAGAGGAGGAACUACGUCAUCUAGAGUUUAAGUGCCGCAACAUCCUGAGAGUGCAGAAGAUGCAACAGCUGAGAGAACGAUGCAUGAAGGCGUGGCUUCUGGAGGAGGACGUUGUUGGCCGUGGAGCCCCACCCACUGGUUCUGAACCCGCACCCGACCACGACACAGACCCAGAACCCGCCAACGAGCUCCACCGCAAGCUAUCGGACAUCAAUGAGCUCCCUGAGCGGGAGAGAUCCGACCCAGACCCAGACCAGGACAAAGACAGCACCAGCGCCUACAACACAGGGGGAGAGAGCUGCAGGACCACCCCUCUGGUCAGCACCGAGUUACUCCCUCUGUCCCUGUCCAUCCAGGAAGAGGGUAGAGGAGGGGACACCCCCAACAGACACAGCCGAGACGGGGCCGACAAGGUCGGGUCUAGGCGGGGAUGGGAGAAAGGAGGACAUGGUAGUCUGAAUGGUUCCUUCUCUCCCAACAGCUACAGGAAGUACCAGAUCCAAAUGACCAACGCCAGCACAAGCCCCGUCCAUCCAAAAUUCUGGUCUCUGACCCGGGGGGAGAACGUUGUGGGGGUGGGGUCAUCAUCGCAGAGGGGGAUAGCUGAUGGAGGAACAACCACAACACCCCCACGGAAGGCCCCCAGAACUAACCCCACACACCACGACAGGUCAGGGGCUCCAACCGCAGAGUCCAGCCCAUACUUCACCCGGCGUCGCCAAGGCAACAAGCCUCCGGCACCGAAACCCUACCAGAGAUGCAUGCAGCUGCCGUCGAGCGACCCGGAGUUCCGGAUCGACUCCCUGGACUCUGUAGACCGAGCCGUGGUCCCGGGGAUGGGUCUAGGCGAGAGAGGGGCUGCAGCGGGCAGCAGUGGUCAGGCCAGUCCCAGGAGUGUUAGUGGUGCCCCAGCAGACAGCACCGAGGCCCAGGACAGCCACCCCGGCCUCCCCCUACACCUCCCUCUGCAGCCGGGCCCGGCUGCACCUCGCAUGGGGUGGAAGGUUCUGCAGGUGAAGAUCCGUAGCGACGGGACGCGCUACGUUGCCAAGCGACCAGUGAGGGACCGCCUCCUUAAAGCCCGGGCCAUUAAGAUCAGAGAAGAGCGCAGCGGCAUGACGACAGACGACGACGCGGUCAGCGAGAUGAAGCAGGGACGUUAUUGGUCGAAGGAGGAGCGUAAACAACAGCUGCUGAGGGCCAGGGAGCACCGGCAGCGCCGUGAGUUCAUGAUGCAGAGCCGGCUGGACUACCUGAAAGGAGACAGAGACCUACAGGAGGGAACUGUGGACGGGAAGGCUACAGGAGGACCUCCAGGCCUGCAGGGGGAGACAGGUGGUAGUCCUAGUAUCCUGGCCCUCAGCCAGAAGAAGUUCAUGAAGAAGAGGAACAAGAGGAUCCUGGAUAACUGGGUCACCAUCCAGGAACUACUCGCUCAUGGAUCCAGGUCACCGGAUGGAAAGAAGGUGUAUAAUUCUCUUCUCUCUGUUACUACGGUGUGAUGGAGGGAUGGGAGGAGAAGAGAAGAGGAGAGGAGAGGGUCUACAACCCCCAGCUCUGUUACUACGGUGUGAUGGAGGGAUGGGAGGAGAGAGAAGAGGAGAGGAGAGGGUCUACACCCCCCAGCUCUGUUACUACGGUGUGAUGGAGGGAUGGGAGGAGAGAGAAGAGGAGAGGAGAGGGUCUACAACCCCCAGCUCUGUUACUACGGUGUGAUGGAGGGAUGGGAGAAGAGAGGAGAGGGAGAAGGAUGUAAAUAAAUCUAACCCAAGAGGAGAUGCAGGACAACAAACAGAAAGAGUUGACAUAAUAUGGACAGAGCGAAGAACAGCAUCAGCAGCUAAACGGUAGAAUUGAAUGAGAAAUAACCUUGUUUAAAGAGGACGAAAGAAGACUGGGCGGGAAGAGAAAGGGAUUUACACUGUAAAUCAUGUACGCAUUGUAAACAUACUGUGGGUCAACAUGUGAUUCAUCCACAGAAAAUGUAUUAAUUACUAGAGAUGGAGAGAUAUGAAGAUGACUAUCGUGAUUUUUAUAGGAGACUUUAAGUCUUCCUGGCGAUAGUAUGGAAUAAACACUGUUUAUUCAGCUUAUAGAAA